AUGUCUGUUAUCCAAAAACACACUCACUCUUUACAAGAACUAAACCCUGAGAAGGAGAGUUGGAAUAUCCUUGCAAGAGUUGUAAGGUUAUGGUUUGUUGAAGAUUACACAAAAGGAAAAACUCCAUUUUCCAUGGAAAUUGUUCUUCAAGACCAAGAGGGUGUACUAAUCCAUGCAUCUGUUAGACGCACAUUGAUAUACAAAUUCCAGUCUGAAAUCAAAGAGGACAAGGUUUACACCAUCCAAUCUUUCAGAGUUUCAUGUAAUGGUGGUUCUUAUAGAACCACAAAACAUGCCUAUAAGAUCAACUUCCAAUUUGGAACCAAGGUCAAUAUGGUGCAAAGUACCUUAGUUCCGAAAACUACAACUUCAUACACCCCUUUUUCAACCAUCAUAGUUGAUGGUUUUGACACAGAUUACUUAGUUAAUGUGAUUGGGAUGUUUACUGGUGUUGGAACAGAGCGGGAGCUAGAGAAAGCUGGUAAGAAAACUAAAAUGAAUGUCAUCCUUAUUGAAGCUGAUGUGUAA